AUGCAUAGAUCAUUAGUAUCGUCACCAUCAUCUUUGUUAAAUAUCAAUAGAAUAAUAGUGCGGAAUGUUGCAGCUAAACAACUAGUUCCAUCUUUAACCGUUCUAUCCACACGCAUUUUGAAAAAUCACUUCACAACCAAUUCCAACGAACAUGCAAUAGCAUUCUACAAGCGAAGGCGUUUUUCGACAUUCACCAGAUCAUAUCAAAGGCAAUCGAAUAAUCAAACUCCGUUAAAAGAUGAAUUGAGACAAAAGAUAACCAAGGCAAGUUUGCUUUCACAGGCAAAUUCAAGCUUAUCCCGCAUGUUGAUACAUUUAAAGUGGCCGUUGUCACGAAAUACAAGUACUACUAGUAGUUGGGAUAUAACGUCAGCAUUCAUUUCCUGGUUGGUCAUGGGAAAUAUUUUAUGGAUUAUACUAGGGACCACAACGUUUGGGUUAACUUUGAUGUACUCGUUGCAUUAUUUGGAUAGUUUGGUGGGUAAGUUUAGUGACGGUGAAGAGACAACAGAAAAAGCGAAUGAAACAAAAAGUAAGAAAGCAAAUAAUGUGAUGGGAUAUUUAGUUGGAGGGAUUAUAUCGUUUGGCCUUGGAGUAGACUUGAAUUUUGAAAAGGGUUCAUCAUUGCCAGAAUUAAAAGAUGGGAAGCUAAGGUUCAAAAACGUUGGUAUAGUGUCAAAGGAUGAUAGUAACAAGAAUGUGAAAUUUAAGGGAACAGUGGAAGCUAUGGAUAUCACAUUAUCGUUUAAUAAAUGGUAUGAAGGAAAUGGAUUGAUUUACGAUUUAGAGUUGUAUGGGUUAAAUGGUAAGUUGUAUAAACUGAAGACGCCUUCACCAACAGUGGUCAACCCAACUACAAAAUCUUACAGAUUCAGUGAAAACAUUCAUUAUCAGUAUGACUUGGACCAUAAUGUCGAAGAAAUUACAGGUGGGUCUAGCUCUAUUAUUGACAAUAAUUACACUUUUGACCAUGUUAAAAUCCAUGAUUCCUAUUUGGAAAUAUAUGAAGAACAAUCCAGUACUCCGAUAAAAGUAAAUAUCUUUAACUGUGAUCUACCAAAAUUAAGAGGUGAUAAAUUAGUGUUGGAUUUUUUCAAUGCUAAUAAUGCAAGCGGUGCUAUCAAUGAUGCAAUGUUUACUUUACAUAAACGCCAGAAUUUGGAUCCAGAAAACAAGAAUCAAGACAAGCUCAUAAGAUUCAAAUUGGACGCGAUUGAUUUAGGGGAAAUCAACAAGUAUGACCCAAAUCUGAAAUUCAAUUGGAUAAUCAAUGGCAAGGCUGAAAUUAUUGCUGACAUUACUUUGCCUGAUGAACAGGACGAUUUGAGUGAAUCUAUCACAGAAGUGUUGACGAAGAUGUUUUCCAAUAUGUUCCAAACGGUGGACACAUCUCAAACCUCUGAGGAUUCAUUGUUGAAAGAUGCUAUAUCAGCAAUUUACCAUACCUUCAGAAAGCCAGAGGAAGCGGUCAAACCGACAGAAAAUUCUUAUGUUAUCGUCAAUGUCAAAAUGAAAUUGUAUGAUUUGAAAGCAAGUUUACCUCAAGUGUUGCCAAGAACCAACGACGGUAUACCCUUUAUAUCGUUGUCUGACUUGAGAUCAUUAAUUAGUUUCAUCAACACGGAGAAUGUGCCGAUUACAAUCAAAUCUACCGUUAUUGAAAAAAUAACUGAUUUGUCGAAUAUUGAGCAUUUAGGACAGACUAAAAUGUUUGACUAUAUUAUGGGGGACGCCUAUGAAGAGUUUACAAAUUUGGUGAGAGAUGAUGCAAGACGAAUAAUUAGUGAAAAAUCUUGGAGCAAUUCAAUUGCAACACAGUUGUUGCUUUUAGGGCUAGGUGCAAUGGUUUAA